GUAGUGUGAGCUGUACCAUAAAGAUUGGAGUUGACUCCAAAGAGCCAAUGUUGCGUCAUUGCCCCCUAUUGUUGGCUCAGGACCUCCAUGGGAGAGUGUAUGAUGGUUUCAUCAGCCUGCAGGAUAAGGAUUUUCGACUCCGGAUAAUUUUGCCUGCGGAUUUGCAACUACAGAAUGCAAACAUACAGUGCAGUUGGCAGUUGAAGAAAGCAUUGCAAGGCUAUCAACAGAUUUUAAGACAGCGACUACAGCAUAGUGCAGACCUGCCAAGCUUUAUGAUGGAGCUGAAGACUAUACUGGAAGUUGCUCUUAAGAACACAAACAUAUUACAGACUGCGCCUGCUCCACAGUAUUACUCCUGCCUUCUAAAAGAUAUUGAGGACCUUGGUUGGGACAAAUUAUCAUUUGUAGAUACUGAUUUUAGUACCAUCCAAUUAAAGAUUGAAGAUUCUUCUGGGCGUGAACACUUGGUCACGCUGAAGUUGAACUCCAGGUACCCAAAUGAGGCUCCAGAGUGCAAUGUAGAUUUCCCAAUUCCUUUUGCUGUUUCAUGGACACCACAGAGUUCCCUGCAAAAUAUUCACAAUCAAAUUGUAUCCACAUUGGAGUCAUUAAAAGGCUUUUGGGAUGCUUUGGAUGAAAUUGAUAAGAAUACCUGGGUACUGGAACCAGAAAAACCCACCCGCAGUGCCACUUUGAGAAGAAUCGCAAUAGGUAAUAACUCAUCCAUCACAAUUGACCUUGAUCCGAGACAUCCAACCAUGCUUCCAGAGUGCUACUUUCUUGGGGCCGACCAUGUGGUAAAUCCUCUGAGAGAGAAACUUAACUGCAACAUACAUUUAUGGGAUCCAGAAAAUGGCUUAUUGCAAAAUUUGAAAGAUGUUUUGGAAAUUGAAUUUCCAUCAAGGUCUCAUUUAGAAAAAGCAGAUUUUAGCAUGGACUGUGGGAUAUGCUAUGCAUACAGACUUGACUCUGCAAUUCCAGAUCAAGUGUGUGAUGAUCCACGAUGCGGACAGCCCUUUCACCAAGCUUGCUUGUAUGAGUGGCUAAGAGGCCUCCCUUCCAGCAGACAGAGCUUCAAUGUUAUGUAUGGAGAAUGUCCCUAUUGCAAUAAGCCUAUUACACUGAAGCUGUCUAACAAAAAAUACUGAUAUCAUCCCCAAAGUUGGAGAUUGCAAGAAGAAGCCACAUACUUCAAAAAAAAUACAGAACAAUAAAUAUCAGCAUCAAAAGCACUGGAAUCAUUAA